UGUUUGAGUUUUUAUCGAGAGUAACGCACACGUCUCCUUCCUUUACUUCGGCGAUUUGCUACCUCUCUCUCUCUCUCUCACUCUCAGGCUUUAUCAAAUUCUCUUUCCUCGGAUACACCGGAUCCAAAUCGACUAAAACUUAUAACCCAUCAAUGAGGAUUCUUCUGCAGUUUCUCCGUCUUUGAACUGAUCCACCGAUCUCACCAGCUUUACGCAGUUUGGCCCGCCAAGUGUUCGUUGAAAUUCCUCAGAGAGAGAGAGAGAGAGAUGAAGGAUUUUCCUUCUUGCUUCGGUGAAAACGGCGUUCAAGUCGCGGACUCAUCGUCUUCGAACUCCGGCAAAAACGCCCAGAAUCUCGUCGCUUGCGUCUACCAGUGCCGUAUCCGAGGAAGGAGCUGCUUGAUCACUGUGACGUGGACCAAGAAUCUGAUGGGCCAGAGUGUCACCGUUGGUGUCGAUGAUUCUUGUAAUAACCAGAGUCUUUGUAAAGUCGAGAUUAAGCCCUGGCUGUUCACCAAACGAAAAGGGUCCAAGAGCUUAGAGGCGUAUUCUUGUAAGAUCGAUGUUUUUUGGGAUCUGUCGUCAGCCAAGUUCGGUUCAGGACCUGAAGCUCUGGGAGGGUUCUACGUGGGUGUCGUUGUGGACAAAGAGAUGGUUCUGCUUCUCGGGGAUAUGAGAAAAGAAGCUUUCAAGAAGACAAACGCUUCGCCUUCUUCGUCUCUAGGUGGUGCGGUGUUCGUCGCCAAGAAAGAGCAUGUCUUCGGUAAGAGAGCGUUUGCGACGAAAGCUGAGCUUUGCGCUGAUGGGAAAAUCCAUGAUCUUGUGAUUGAGUGUGACACGAGUGUGACUGAUCCUUGUCUCUUUGUUCGUGUGGAUGGGAAGACGUUGUUGCAGGUGAAGCGGCUUAAGUGGAAGUUUCGUGGGAACGAUACGAUAGUUGUGAAUAGAAUGGCUGUGGAAGUUCUCUGGGAUGUUCAUAGUUGGCUCUUUGGGAUGCCUUCAGCGGGGAACGCAGUGUUUAUGUUCAGGACUUGUCAACCUUCUUCGGAGAAGAGCUUGUCUUUCUCACAGGAUGUCAUGUCAACAACGAACUCCAAGUCUCAAAGUUUUGGUUUUUCGUUGAUUCUGUAUGCUUGGAAGAACGAGUAGGGAAAAGAGAGUUCUUUUACUGGUUGCUAACAAAAAAAACCUUAAAAAGCGUCUGUUUAUUCCUUAUCUACAUUUGUUAUUUAUAGCAUGAUUAAUGAGUUGAUUUCUGCGAAUAUAAAUAUUCAUUACACAA